AUGGUUCAAAAAAAGAAAAUCGGAAAACAGAGAAAGGAUAGGUAUUAUAAGUUAGCCAAAGAAACAGGCUUUAGGUCCAGAGCAGCUUUCAAGCUUUUACAAUUAAAUAGAAAAUUUGGAUUUUUAGAAAGUUCUAAAGUUCUUAUAGAUUUAUGUGCAGCACCGGGAGGAUGGAUGCAAGUAGCCAAACAAAAUAUGCCUGUAUCAAGUGUUAUUGUUGGAGUAGAUUUAUUUCCAAUAAAACCGAUACCUGGUUGCAUAAGUUUGGUUGAAGACAUUACCACUAGUAAAUGUAAAUCUUCAUUAACAAAAGCUUUGCAAACAUGGAAAGCUGAUGUUGUUUUGCAUGAUGGUGCUCCUAAUGUUGGUACAAAUUGGAUUCAUGAUGCCUAUCAACAAGUAUGUUUAACAUUAAGUGCACUUAAACUAGGUACAGAAUUUCUGAGAGAAGGCGGAUGGUUUAUAACAAAAGUUUUUAGAUCAUCAGAUUACAAUUCUCUCCUGUGGGUUUUCAAACAAUUAUUUAAAAAAGUCCAGGCUACAAAACCUCAGGCUUCAAGAUCUGAAUCUGCUGAAAUAUUUGUAGCGUGCAAACACUUUUUCGCACCUGAUAAAAUAGAUCCAAAAUUUUUUCAACCUCAGUAUGUUUUCAAAGAAUUAGAUUUAAAAUCUCCAGCCACUUUAAACAUUUUUAAUCCGAGAAAACAGAAAAAAGCAAAACCAGAGGGUUAUGAGGAGGGAGAUUACACUCUUCAUCAUACCAUCAAUGUAACAGAAUUUUUAAAAAGUGAAAAUGCAAUCGAAGUUUUACAAAGAGCAUCGACAAUUGUUUUCGACGAUGAAACAAUAUUAAAUCAUCCAAAAACGACAAAAGAAUUGGUUGAAUGUUUUAAAGACAUAAAAGUUUUAAAUAGGAAAGAUGUCAGGCUUAUAUUGACGUGGUGGAAAGCGUUGAGGGAAGAAGCAAAACUUAAAUAUAUGAAAGAAAUGGAAGAGAAAAAAGCUAAAGAAAAGAAAAAUCAACCUGAACCUACUUUGAGCGACGAAGAAGAAAAAGAACUCAACGAAAUCGACGCUCACAUUUCGGCUGUUAAAAAAGAAGAAUUGCAAGCGCAAAAAAAGAAAAAAAAAAUAGCGGAAAAAGAGCGUAAAAAAUUACAGGAGAAAAUGAAUUUAAAAAUGGUUUUGAACAAAUACGAAAAUCCGGGAAUGCAAGAUGAAGAUGCCAUUUUCCGUCUUAGCAUGAUCAGAUCGGGAAAAGAAUUGGAUAAAGUUUUAGAUCAAAAACCUGAGAUUUUACCCGAAUCCGACCACAGCGACGACGAACAAAUCAAACCCAAAAAAAUUAAAUACAGCAAAGAAAAUUCGUAUCUGGAUAAUUCUGGAUUGUAUUAUAAAAAAAAAGGAGAAGAUGAUGAUGAUGAUGAUAAUGACGGGGAGGAAGAAGAAAUGUCGAUCGAUAGCGACGAAGGUUUAGGUCUCCAAAGCGAAAGCGACGACGAUGACGACGACGACGGUGGUCAAAAAAAGAAAAAGGGAAUAAAAAAAAAUGAAAAUCCACUUUUGACGGAUUUGGAUUAUAGGAAAAGCAAGGAAAAAAAAUUAACGAAAGCCGCGCUUUGGUUCGAAAAGGAAAGUUUGAAAAAUGUCGAAACGGAAGCGGACGAAGAUUACGAUUUGGAUUUACUCACGCAAAGUUUAAAGAAAAAGGGUAAAAAGGUUAUAGGGGAAGACAAAGAAAAUGAAAUUCCAAACGUGAAAAAGAAGGGAAAUGGAUUGAAAUCGGAAUCCGUUGACGAAUACGAUUCGGAUUCGGACGACGAGGAAGAAGACGAAAAUGAUGAUGAUGAUGAUACAAGCGAUGAAGAAACGGAGGGAAAGAGAAGUAAAAAAAAGAAGAAAGAAGGCAAAAGCGGAGAAGGGGGAAGUACGAAACAGGACAAGAAAAGAAAAUUAGACGAAGAGGGUUUGGCUCUCGGUUCGAUGAUGAUACAAUCGAAAAAGAAAAAAAGAGAUUUGAUAGACGGAGCUUGGAAUCGAUACGCUUUCAACGACGAUAACCUUCCGGAAUGGUUCGUGACGGAUGAAAAAGUUCACAUGCAUCAAAACAUUCCCGUGCCGACGGAAAUGGUACAGGAGUAUCGGAACAAAUUGAAAGAAAUAAACGUGAGACCCAUAAAGAAAAUAGUCGAAGCGAAAGCGAGAAAGAAAAGGAGAAUGAUGAAAUCGUUGCAAAGAGCGAAUAAAAAAAUGGAGAAAAUAAUGGAUGACGUAGACAUAUCGGAUAGGGAAAAAGUCAGAAACAUUCAAAAGAUAUAUAAAAAAGCAAAGGAGAAGGGAAAAGACAAAAAGAAAGUGACGUACAUCGUCGCGAAAAGGGUUAACGCGGGUAAAAGAUAUAAAAAACCGAGAGGGGUCAAAGGUCCUUACAAAGUCGUCGAUCCGAGAAUGAAAAAAGAUGCGAGAAGGCAAAAAAACAAUUUAAAGGGUAAAAGUGGAAAGAAAAAAAAUAAAAGAUAA